AUGGUCGCUAGCCGCGCUCGGGAAAACCAGCGAUAUUCUCAAUGUAGGAAGUCUACCAUUUUCCCUUUAGGCUUUGCCAUAAUCUCUGGAUACAUACAAUUUCAGAAUAUUUCAAUACUGCAUAUUUCAAGAUUCAACCCAUUAUUUUAUAACAUUUUUCAUUCAAUAUUCAAGAACCCCGGAACAACAAUACAGUUAGAAAGUACGUUAUAUUAUCAUGAAGUCCCCAUUUCGCCCAUUGGAAAUGCAGGUAGCCAAAUCUGA